UUAUAAGAUAAGUCAUGUUUGAAAAUUUUCGGAGUUUUGCAGGCCUUCCAUAGUUCGCCGGUGUGACCCCAAAUUUUGGCUCAACAUCCCGACAUAUAAGGCAUGGCUGUGGCAGGUUUGACUAGUCGACUGGUGUGGACUUGUGUAAAGUUGGGAUGCCGAAGGCGAACUAAACCUAUCUUGAUAGCAUCUGUUUACUUAUGUAAUCAACGCCAGAGAUACAGUAGUCUUCUCACGUCUCAACACGAUUUAGUCGUACGUCCAAUCAACCUGCAGUCUCGACAGAAACAAGGUAUCCGAUCAAUUGUGCGAAAGAUGUCGUCUGAUGGCUGUGCUGAGGAUGUAUUGUUAGGGAUAGGCAACCCUCUUCUGGAUAUUACAGUUGAGGCCGACCAGGGUCUGCUAAACAAGUACAAAUUGCUAGCCAACAAUGCCAUUAUCGCUGAACCACAACACAUGCCCCUCUUCGAUGACCUAGUAAAAAAUUAUAAGCCAAUUUAUUUAGCUGGGGGUGCAACACAAAAUACCAUUCGUGUGGCACAGUGGUUACUGCAGGUGCCUAAUGCCACAACUUUUUUUGGAGGAGUAGGUGAUGAUGUAUUUAAGGAUAUUUUAGCAAAGAAAGCUGAAGAGGUUGGUGUGAGUGUUCAGUAUGAAGUUCAUUCGGAGAAAGCAACUGGUAAAUGUGCAGCAGUGAUCACCGGAGAAGACAGAUCCCUCAUAACCGACCUGGGAGCAGCCGAGUUAUUUACUGCAGAUUUUCUCAAAGAGAAAGACAAUUGGAAAUUAGUGGAGAAAGCACAAAUGUACUACAUUGGAGGAUUCAUAGUUCCAGUCAGUUCAGAAGCUGUUUUGGCUGUAGCUAAACAUGCAGCUGAAAAUGGGAAAACGGUUGUAAUGAAUCUUCAUGCUACUUUCCUAUGUAAAUACUUUGCUGACCCAGAACUGAACUUGAUGCAAUAUGUUGAUGUACUGUUUGGUAAUUCUGAUGAAGCUGCAGAAUUUGCCAAGUGUCAAGGAUUUGAAUCUUCCGACUUGAAAGACAUUGCAAAGUUAACAGCAAAUCUACCCAAAGUAAACAAAAACAAACAGCGUACAAUUAUAUUUACUCAGGGAAAGGAGGCAACUGUAACCUACCAUAAUGGGGAGGUAACUGUGUUUCCGGUUGUACCUGCAGAACGUAGCCUUAUUAAAGACACUAAUGGUUGUGGCGAUGCAUUUGUGGGAGGGUUUCUAUCCCAAUUAGUUAUGAACAAACCUCUGGAGGAAUGCAUGCGAUGUGGUGCGUAUGCUGCUAAAGUUGUAAUUCAGCAUUUUGGUUGUAAUUAUCCUGCAAAACCAGAUUUCCAUUAAUUACUAUUUUUAUAAGAGAUUAUGCUAAGUGCAGUGUUGUGUAUGUGACUACAUGUAUACCUCAUUUACUUGAAUUAUCUGACUUUAUAAAGUAUCAUUAGUGUCUCAAUUUAAUAUUUAGUAUUUCAAUUUUUUUUUUCCUUAAUUUUAAUUAAUUACUACCACAUUGAUUAAACUAAAAUAUUACUAAAACUAAUCUCCCAAUUUCCCUCUUAUAUAUAUAUAACAUAUAUAUGCACAUGUUUUUGCCUUUUAUUUAUAUUUCCCAUGUUUUAUAAGAUAGACUUGUAGAGUACAACAUACUCAACAUUGGCAGCUGUAAUUAUUGUAAAAUUCCUCAUUAAAGUUUUGGAUUUUCAGUUUCUCGUGAUUGGAUGGAAUUGAGUGAAACCAGUUUUUUUCAAAUGAUUUGGGACAAAGCCUUAUCACUUCAUUACAAAAAGGAAAUUUUUGAUAGUAAAUUGCAAAUUUUAGGAAUUCGACCCAAAUAUGAAACAAUUUCAGGUGGGAAUGGGACCCAUUAUUGGCACCAAAACUAAGGUUUUAGAACAACAAGUAGAUUGUGAAGCUUCUAAGGAUUCUUUAUAUUGUACAGAGGUUUAUAGUAAAGAGCACAUAGUGAGGUGACAGUUUAUCAUUAGUCAUGGUCUAAAGGAAGCUUGCUUUUUUUGCAUCUUUGAUACACUAUUUUUAUACCCUGCUCAGGAGUGAUCACGGACAAGGACACACUCAUUAAUACUCAUUAUUUUGAUAUAUUUUCAUACUUCAGUAUGGUUUGUAAAAUACUAGUCACAACCUCUUGACUCCAAGGUAAUUUCUGUUUAGUUCAGGAUUAAUGGAAUCUCUAGAUCAAAAGGCUAGCAACAAUUCAUUGAACAUGUCUGAUUUAUAAUGGGCAUUUUUGUUAUUUUAAUACUCGGCUUAGCUGAAUUUGGUAGCGGAAUUCAAUUAUAUUGUAGUUGUAGCUGUAUAUCAUAAAGAUUUCAAGCUUGUUACAUUUAUUUAAAUAAAUUAAACAAUUCUGACUGAAA